AAAUGAUGGUGGUGGUGGGAAUUUGUGGGGGAAGGGAUAUUUACCAGGCGGGAGGUAGAAGACGACAAAAGAAAGUCGCAGAGAGUGAUACGGCGUCGUUUUGGUUGGGUCUUCGUCCGGUUGGUUGUACGGAAACGCCCCUGGCGUUUGGAUAAUCAUCUCUGCCGGUCACAUGCAGUGCAGAAAGAAGAAGAAGGUCCCGAGAGCAUAUUCUUCCCUAGCUGUGAGGAGGGAUCACCUGCGGGUGAGUGCAUGAAUGGAGAUGUGAACUUCCCGGUGGAUGUGCAUCCCGUCGGGAGGAAGCUGGUGGAUGGACGGU